AAGUAAAGAAGAGAAACGUCCUCCAACCAGCUUUUUGUCACAACACUUUGCAAAACUUUACAAUUCCAGAAACUUCUCCACCUCUCCUGCAGAUGUUCAGCUAGAAAUCAGUUCAGAAGACUCAGAGUCAAGUUCAAGUUCAUUUUACUCUGAAUUUGGAAUCAGUUCAGAAAGUUACUCCAGUUUACAGCAGACUCUUUACUGGGCUGGACCAGACAGAUCAAUCACAAAUGUGUCUAUGAGUACAAGUCCAGAUCACUCCACUUUCAUCAUUCAGAACCUGAAAGACAGCUACCAAAUAGGGGAGGAGCUUUUUGUUACUAUCCAUGCCAGGGACUUUAACAAUAAAUCUAAACGAUAUGGAGGGGAUUUCUUUCAAGCAAAGCUUUUCUCAUCCAAAAGUCCCAAAAAGGUAUCUCUUACAUGUCUGCUGUAUCAGUGAUGUUUACUGAGUUCUUAUCUUUAGCUGAUUUUCCUGGACAUUAAUUUGAGAAUGAGAAAUGUUUUUCUGUCACAGGCCAGUGUGUUUGGGGAGGUGGUGGAUUUGCUCAACGGUUCCUACUCUGUGCGUUUUCUCCUGCCGUGGGUUGGAGAGGCACAGGUGGCUGUGCGUCUGAUCCACUCCUGUGAAGCCGUGCAGGUCCUCAAGCAUCACAGAGACACUGACUCUGACAGAGUUUUCUUUAAUGGAUAUUUUGAAGGACCAGGACCAAAUGGGACCAGGCUGACAGAAACAGUGAAGUGUAAUGUGAAGUGGGACAAGAAUGGACUGGAGAGGAUGGGGACUGGAGAUUGUUGCUGUGAUUACAAAGAUUCUCACAGUGGAGAAGAAUGGCGCUGUCAGAGACCCAAAUCCUUGCCAUGCAGUGCUCGCGUAUAUCACUCUAUGGGCGGGUAUAACAAAUGUCUGACUGCGAAAGAAGCAAUGUUUAUGAGGCAAACCAACAAAGGCAUCAAUGGACAAAGAACAUCAAUCAAGAUUUUUCCUUUCAAUGGAACAGUGAGAAUUGAUGUAACACAGAAAUGUCGUCCUGGUUUGCACACACCAGUUCCAGCUGGGUUUUACCUGAAUGAUGUUUGGACGUCUUUUGUGUGUAGCACCCGUCCUUUUACUACCCAAACAACAACACAGUGUUUAAAAGACAAACACAUCUACAUGAUGGGAGACUCGACCAUGAGACAGUGGUUUGAGUUCUUGCUGAAAAGGGUACCAACCUUGAAGCAGAUGAACCUGCAUGUUGAAUAUCAUGCAGGGCCUCUUAUAGCAGUGGAUGUGGAUAACAACAUUGACUUACACUGGAGGUCUCAUGGGCUUCCUCUGCGCUCUCGGAAAACUGAAGUUUCUAAUCUGCACUACGUCAGUAAUGAGAUUGAUGAACUGACUGGAGGAUCUCACACAGUUAUUGUCUUUAAUCUGGGACCACACUUCACAACAUUUCCUCUGGAUUUCUUCACCCACAGAGUGUUGAGGAUCCGCAAAGCAGUGCUAGAUUUGUUACAACGGGCACCAGACACUACCGUUAUAAUCAAGACCGUAAACACCGGCUAUAAGGAUGUGUUCGGCAGUGACUGGUUUUCUUUGCAGUUAGACAGAAUCCUACGGUGGGCUUUUCAGGAUGUCAGUGUUUAUAUUUUGGAUGUUUGGCAAAUGACAGCCUGUCACUACAACAAAGAGAACAUUCAUCCAGCUCCUGUCAUCAUAAAAAAUGAAAUGGACAUAUUUCUUUCUUUUAUUUGCCCUGAAUGAUUUUGUCAGGAGGUAAAAGCAACAUAUUUUUUUUCAUUUAGAUUCAAUUUGUAAAACAUGGUAAUAUACUAUAGGGUUUUUUUUACAAUAUAAGAAAUCAUGGCAGAAACUGCUGAGGGUUGGCAAAUAAAUUAUGUACUGUAGAACAAAAUCUGACACAAAGGAACUAAAAAAGCGUUUCUUUUCAUUAGUUGAACACUUGCUCAUUGCUGUUACUUUACAGGUUAAUUUAUAUAACUCAAUAUGUACAUCACAUAACAACCCUUACUACACAGUAAA